AAUUUUUUGUCAAAUAAACUUUUUACUGAUUUAUUUGUAGUCUAUAUACACACAAAUAUACCUAUUAUAUAUAUAUACAUAACACACACACAUUGAGAAAAAAGGUGAUUUGUUGGGAGGAAGACUCCAAAAAGCAGCAUCACUGUACUUUAUUUUGGGCCACAAGAUUUGGAGAAGGCAAUCAAAGGGAGCAAGCUCCUUCAUUGGAGUUUUGUAAGUGAUUUGAUAGAUAAUUUUGCACAAUUUUGGAAGGUGAGGUUGUGGUUGUGGAUUCAAGAUUUGACCUUUGUAAGUCUAUUAGGUUGAAAAAGAUUUCACCUUUUGUCUGUAUUAGGAAAGUGAUUUAGGGGUUAUUUAUUCUUGAUGACUUGCAAUUUUAUAGCAUAAUUUUGGGAGUGAAGGAGGUGAAAAAGUAGAAAAAGAUUCAAUCUUUAUCACCUUUUAGACUUAUAAUCUGUGGUUCUGCAGCCAGAUCAAGAUACACGUGAAGGCACUGUGUGGAGUAGGGAUUUGAAUUGAAACACGGUUCCUAGGCCUACGGGGGUGCCAGAUUUACGGUUCUAUAAUCAUGUUCUUGUUAUAUGAGUACAUGGUGAAGGAUUUUAGUGAGGGAUAAGAAGCUACGAUAUAUGGAGAAUUCGCGUGAGUUUCUAAGCAAUGGAAAACCAGCUGAUCCUGGUCUUCAAAUUAUAAGGCACCCCUCUUACCAAUCUUGUGGGAAAUUAUCGUUAUCUUGGUUUGAUAUUAGAGUAUUUUACAUCAGAAUCAGCAAUUUUAUGGUCGAUGAUUCAACCCCAGAAAUUCUUACGCUUAACCAUAUCCCUUUAAGCCCCGAUACACUGCUUGAAGUUAAUGGUAUAAGAUGUUCAGUGCACUCGGAAGGAGCCUCUUGCUUUCUUCGAAGGGACCGUGUUGAUAAGAAAGCUGAAGAAGCUACAUUUGUGAGCACAGAUAGUAUAAGAUUGACUGGGAGUGUGAACUUUGAGGUUUCAUAUAAAGAUGAUCUUUUUCUCUCUGGGACUUUGGAGAUGGCCAACAUCAAUGAUUCUCAAAACUGUCUUAGGAGAUGGAGCAUGAACUGUGAAUCAGUUAUGAGUGCUGGCACGGGAUUUCUGAAAGGAAAACAUAUUGUGGGUUCUGAAUCAUUGUCACCGACAAUUGAAGUCUAUGUUACCGGUUGCUUCUCUGGGACACCUAUCAUCUUAACUAAGACUUUGCAGCUAAAUCACAGGAAGAAGCACCAUAGAAAGGGUAUGUUAGACUCCAUUCCGGAGCAUGACACUUCUGAACAGCAUAAAGAAGUCUCAUCUGAACAUGAUCUGCAGGUAACAGAAUACAACGGAAACUACAAACCAGAAAGCGAAGAAGACUACAACAACAUGUACUGGGGACGAACAGAACUUAUGGAUGGUGAAGACGGAGAAAUGUCCUGGUUCAAUGCUGGGGUUCGAGUUGGUGUUGGGAUUGGCCUUGGCAUUUGUGUAGGAGUUGGAGUAGGAGUUGGUUUAUUAGUCCGUACUACACGCAACUUAAGAAGGCGCCUUAUGUAAUUACAUAGCAUACGUAUAAAGGCUAACAAUACAGAGAUACUGUUUUUAAGAAUAUAUUGUAAUUUUUCGACGUUGCUAACCAUUUUCUUUUUCAUGUGUAAUCUGUUUGCUGCAUUUUUGUGGUGAGUUGCUAAAGCUGUAUGGACAUGUUUUUAGGUAAUAUUGUAUCAUGUUGAGAUUGUUAUUUAAUGUGUAAAUAGUUAUUUUCAUAUGAGAACCUUAUAUAGCC